AUGACCUCAAUACUCAGUAAUGGAACUGAGGAAGAUCUUAUCUCUACAAGAUAUCACAAGCACUUGCAAACCUUCAUUAUUUCCUUGACCUUCCCUGACCUUUCUACGGUCGCAACCCAAGAUUUAACACGUAUAAGUUAUGGGGGCCAGAUAUGGGAGCUUCGAGCAGACUUCUUACGGUCGCCAAAUUCAAACGAAGCCUCGAAAGCGAAUCUCGUCACCAACCAGUUACAGAUGUUGCGGAAAGCUUCAGACCUUCCUGUCAUCUUCACUAUUCGAACAGUCUCUCAAGGUGGCCAAUUCCCCGAUGAAGCCGUGGAUGAAGCGCUUGAAAUGAUCCUCUCGGCUAUUGACGAAGGUUGCGAGUAUAUUGACGUUCAAGUCUCCUGGCCAGAUACUAUGCGAGAAGCCAUUGUCAACGCCAAGCGGCAAAGUCAACUUAUAGCCUCAAUCCAUGAUUGGACUGGUGAGGUGAAGUGGGCGGAUGAUCAACUUGAGCAAUACAUCACGGCAGCUAGCUUCGGAGAUAUCCUCAAACUCAGCCUUCUGGCGUCUCGAAUGGAGGAGUGCCACGACCUUGUAGAAUUUUUACGCCGAUAUAGAAAGGCCUAUGCAAAACCCAUGAUUGCAAUUGCCAUGGGUCAAGAAGGUCAGCUAUCACGCAUGAUGGGUCCAAUCUCAUUCGUUACACAUCCUCUCCUUCCCCGGUCUUCAGCACCUGGCCAGUUGUCCGUGGCACAGGUUCAUCAAGGCUUGCAUAUCAUAGGCCAACUGCCAAAACGGAAGUUUUUCAUCUUCGGCAACAACAUCGCACAUUCAUUAAGUCCAACAAUUCACAACGCCGCCUUUGCUGAAUUGGGCCUCCCACACGACUAUUCAAUCUUCCAAACUCCCCAAAUGGACGAUAAGGUGCAUGAAAUACUUGCUCAGCCCGACUUUGGCGGUGCCUCGGUGACAUUUCCACACAAACUCAACAUUCAACCAAUGCUUGAUUCUUUAUCUCCUUCAGCCACCAAAUUGGGCGCUGUGAACACCGUGAUUGUCGUGGAAAGUCCAUCGGGACGCAAGCUGAGGGGCGAUAAUACCGAUUGGCUGGGGAUUUUACAAUGCAUUCAAAGUGGUCACAAUGUGCAGUGUGAAACGGCCACAGUCAUUGGUUCGGGCGGAGCAGCCCGUGCAGCUCUCUUCGCUUUGCAGAAUAUGGGCGUUCAACGGGUUGCCGUGGUGAAUCGAAGCAUAAGCAACGCCGAAGUCGUGUGCAAAGAGUUCUCGUCUUUGAACACGGAAAUCUAUGACUCUCUAACGAAAGCCCCAGCAUCAAACAUCAUCGUCUCCUGCAUUCCUGCAGACGAUAUCACGGAAGCAGAUAUUCCUGCUCAUGUUUUUGCGAAUCGGCCCGGAAUAUUAAUCGAAAUGGCUUACAGGCCACAGAUCACUGCGUUGAUGGAAGUCGCUGGGCGACUUCCGCAAUGGACAGUUUACGGCGGCGUUGAUGUACUGAGAUUGCAAGCAUAUGCACAGUUCGAGCUAUGGACAGGUUGGCGCGCCCCAAUCACGGUCAUUGAGAAAGCACUCCGGGAGCAGAUCGCAAGGGCAUAA